AUGACGUCCACAACCAGCACUCUGGUAACCCCCCGGGACCGCUCACAGCGAGUGGGAAGUGACAAGGAGGGAGAAACCACCAGCCCAUCACCAUCAGUCCUCGCCGGGGAGGGCACCGUUGAAAAGAAGGAGGAGGCCGGCACCGGAACCGAUGAGGAGGCCGGCGAGGUGCAGCCUCAGGAGCCGACCAACGCCGAGUAUCCCUCCGGAUUCGCCCUCGGCCUCAUCGUCUUCGCCCUCGUUCUCAGCAUUUUCCUCAUCGCCCUUGAUAUGACGAUUGUCGCAACCGCCAUCCCCAAGAUUACCGACGAAUUCAAGGGUCUCGACCAAGUAUCAUGGUACGGCGCUGCCUUCUUCAUGUGUGUUGCCGCCUUCCAGUCAACAUGGGGCAAGGCUUACAAGUACUUCCCACUCAAGUGGUCGUUCCUCCUCUCCAUCUUCAUCUUUGAACUUGGCAGUCUCAUCUGCGCCGUCGCCCCGAACUCCGUUGCUCUCAUCGUCGGCCGUGCCAUUGCAGGUGUAGGCGCGGCAGGUAUCGGCUCCGGAGCUUACACGAUCAUCGGCUUCUCGGCCCCGCCCGACAAACGCCCGACGUUCACCGGCAUCAUCGGUGCCUCCUACGGCUUGGCUUCAGUCAUCGGCCCCUUGAUCGGUGGUGCUUUCACUGACCACGUGAGCUGGAGAUGGUGCUUCUACAUCAACUUGCCCGUUGGAGGUCUCGGCGCGGCCAUCAUCCUCUUCUUCUUCCACACGCCACCCCAGGCCGUGCCCCAGAAGGCUAGUGCGCUCGAGAAGUUCCUCCAGAUGGACCUGAUCGGCACCUCCCUGAUCAUGGGCGGCACCAUUGCCUUCCUUCUCGCCCUCCAGUGGGGCGGAAGCACUCACCCGUGGAACUCAUCCACCAUCAUCGGCCUCUUUGUUGGAUUCGGGCUGAUCAUUGUCGCGUUCAUCAUCCUGGAAUGGUACCAGGGUGAGCGUUCCAUGAUUGCCCCUCGUCUCAUCAAGGACAGGACCAUCUACAUUUCCUCGGCAUACGCCUUCUUCUUCGCCGGCUCGUACUUCGUGCUGGUUUACUACCUCCCAAUCUACUUCCAGUCUGUCGACAACGCCACUCCCACGGAGUCCGGUGUGCGCAACCUGCCCAUCAUCAUCGCCGUUACCAUUGCCACGAUUGCAUCUGGUAUCUCCAUCUCUGCCACGGGUAUCUACGCACCAAUCAUGGUUGUCGGCGGCGCCAUCGCGACGGUCGGUGCCGGUCUUCUCUACACCUUGGACAUCGGCACGGGCAGCGACAAGUGGAUCGGCUACCAGGUUCUCGCCGGUCUCGCCUGGGGCGCUGCAUUCCAGGUUCCCAUCAUCGCGGUCCAGGGUACGGUUUCCGAGACCGACAUGGCGUCCUCUACUGCCAUUCUGCUUUUCUUCCAAACCGUCGGCGGAGCCUUCUUCGUAGCUGGCGCGCAGUCAGGCUUCCUCGUCACCGUCCUCAAGAAGGUCGCGGUGUACGCCCCCAGCGUUGACCCCAACCUCGUUGCCCUGACCGGCGCCACCGAGAUCCGCAACGCCUUCCCGGCCGAUGCCGUCCCGGGCAUCAUCCACGCCUACAUGGACGGUCUCAAGGUCACCUUCGCCAUUGCCAUCGCCGGCGCGGGUGUCUCAUUCCUCAUCUCCCUGGGUUCAAGAUGGGGCAAGCUCAACACCGCGAACCUCUCCGGUGCCGCUUAG